GGAGGCUCUGCGGCCGGGCUGCGGGCGCCGGGACGUGCGCGGACUGGAUCCCCAGAAGUUUCCUGAAUUUCUGGGAAGGCCUGGUUUCCCAAAGGAGCGAUUUCUGGUAGAAGACUGAAGGUCUGAUCCAAGAAAAACAAUCCAGUGUAGCCAAUGAAUUAAGGACAAGAAAGUUUCCAUUCAGUUCCUGCUAUGUGGAUAUUUGUUAGCAAUGACUGAUGUGGAAACUACAUAUGCAGAUUUUAUUGCUUCAGGAAGAACAGGUAGAAGAAAUGCAAUACAUGAUAUCCUGGUCUCCUCUGCAAGUGGUAACAGCAAUGAAUUAGCCUUGAAAUUAGCAGGACUUGAUAUUAACAAGACAGAAGGUGAAAAGGAUGCACAGCGGAGUUCGACAGAACAGAGUGGGGAAGCUGAGGGGGAAGCAACCAAACCCCAAAGCUAACAACACCCCACGUUGAUCUUCCUCAGCCUGACGAUGUCUCAGGUCUCCGGGCCUGGCUGGAAUGCAUUUGUGUCCACGAGGGACAAGGGGAGAAAGGAAAUGGCUGUGCCGCCCAGCAGGAAUCUGCUCGCUGUCCCGUUAGACAUGGGGGCAGAGGCUCUGGCCGCAGACAGACCUUUCUCCACCUCUGUCCUUAGCAAUGGCUGAAGUCACGUGGCUUGUGUCUGGAUGUCACCUUGUACGGAUCCGUGCACUUGACCACAUGACGAAAUGCUUGUAGACGGUAGCAGCAACCUACGUGAUGAUUCUCCCCGUAGCAUCUGGCCCCUCACAGUGUCAGAGGAUUUAAUUGUGUCUAAUUGCAAAGGGUUGGUUGAUCCCAGAGUUUAAGUAUCUCUGGCCCAAGUAUUCACCCAGUAAGAGAACUACCCAGAAAGCACUGUUUUUAGCAACUUGUGUUCGUGUGUUCCUGCUGUGUGACUUACACUGUUUUGUAUUGUAUAAUAUAGAUGCUCGGCACUGCCCCCUUCUUUGAUUGCUCAUGAAAAACAAAAAACAAUGUACGUUACUGUGAAUUUUUAUACCACUCAUUUUUAAAAGGGCUGCCUUCUUUUCUUCUCCAGAGUGUGGUGGUGUAGACAGGAUAGAGCACACUUUCUUUUUAAAAUUAGUCUUUCCCCUUGAUUCACUGCUGAUGAAUCGAUGAAGACUAACAGGUUUAUGAGGACGCCUUUGCUUUUAUGAGGCCAGAAUUUGGAAAUAUCCAUUAAUGUGAAUAUUACCUGAAUUGAGUUUGUUUGGUGUCUGCACAGACCAGAAUUCAAUCUGCAAAUUCUGUUUUAUUCCCAAGUGCAGAACUUUUCCCAACUAAUACUUUUAUUUAUAAUUAUGAGGAUUUUGGAGAAUGAGGAAGGUGGGAAAGAGAAGCCAGGAUAAUACAACUGGAAAUGUUUUAUUCUUAUGGAAUCAAAUUUCUCACAAUUCUGUAUGCUACUGUUUAAAUAUUGAAGACAGCUUAUCUCCAGGGAGAUGAGAAAGUUGGAGAAAAUGAUCUCCUUGCAAUCACGUGGACACCAAUCACAAAAGUAAAGCCCUUGUGUUGUGUUUUUCUUGUCUUUUCUCAGCCCUAUCAGACCCAGAUGUUAUUAUGCACUUUUUAAUGUUUCUAAACUUUUACUAAUAGCUAGUGUGAAUUGCAUUCUGAUAUCAUCAUCAUCAUCAUCAUUAGAAGCUAACAAAAUCCUCAUUAAUACUGUUGAUGGCCUCAGCUGUGUCUUGAUCUCAUGUUUCUUAUUUGGAAAGUUUCGGUGAGCAGUGUAAUCCCUCUGGUCAGUAUUAUGAAGUCGUCUGUCAGUGGUAAUAAAUAAGGACCCAGUAAUAUGCGAUUGGCUCAUGAGUUACUGGACAACAGGGAGGCCCUUUAUGAUAAAGAGCCCACUUAACUGUCCUCGAGGUCUCAGUACAGUCCCAUGUGAAAUCACGGGGCUAAAGCAUUUCAACAGGUAACUCUAUGGAUACACCAGGAACUCAGCCUUCCUUUGUAUUUGCAAGCAGGAUGAAAGGUUAAGCCUGUCCUUAUCCCCCCACCCUAACAGUCCUUUUCAGAGGAGAGGGAUAAAGGCAUGGGCAUUGCUUGGUCCUCAGGCAUAGAUUCCUAGAAAAAAUGUUAAUAGUGUGAAUCUCUCAGAAAAUAGAAGAACAAUGAGCUUUCAGAGAACUUUCUUCUACCUAAACCAUUAGGGCCCAAAAUGUCCACUUAAAAUUCAAACAAAUCUACCUGUGAAUGGACUUCAAGUGGGAAAGAGGUUUUUGAGGCUAUUUUAGACAGUCAUUGGUAUCCAUUUAAACUGCCCAACCCAUAAAACCCCCUUUUCAAUAUCCUCAUUUUACUAUCCCCUUAGUUUUCUUGUGACUCUAGGUUAGAUUCUCUUCACCCCUCAAGUUGUGGAAUCCCACACUGAAUUUGUGUGAUUUUGUAAAGUUUAGGACUAGUGCUGAGUAUUUAUGGGGCGUUGAUAUUCCUAUGUGAUACACUAUGAUUAAUGCAUGUGGCGUCCUGCCUGUCUUUGAAUAUAUAAUAGUGCUAAAUUGUGAAGUCAUAUGUAGCUUUUGAAUUAUUUUGACCUCUCACUGCCACUUUGUCUGCUGUAUUCAAAACCAGAGGCAUUCCCAAGAGGAAAGAUAAAAAUCCACUUUCCAAUACAUCUCCUUUACACAUGUUACUCAGCAAAAGUUCACAGUAUCUUCCAGAUUUUAUUACAAUAUCUUUGAUGUGCAAGUCAAUAAUACACAAGGAACUGCAUUUUUAAGGAGAGAAGGAAAGGGUAGUGAAUGCCCAUUAACGAACCAAUAUGCUUCCCAGCACAUAUUCUCCCAUUUAAUCCUCAAGCAAUUCGAUUUAAGAGGUAGUGUUAUCCCAUUUCACAGAUUAGCAAUAUAAGGGGGAAUCAGAUACAACUUUUCAAAGCUUAAGAGACUAUAAAUGAUGAGAUUAAGAUCUGCACCUCUCUUUGUCUGUCUAAAAGGAGCUUUCUCCUGCACAGUUAUAAAACAAAGCCAACAACAGAGCAUGUGUUUCCAGAUACAAGCGAGUUGACCUCCACAUUUUAGAAAAGGAAACUGAGUUCCAGGAAGGGGAAUUGUUUUCCUCAAGGUGACCUAUGUGAGUAAUGACAGAGAUGUGUCUAAAUCAUGGAAAGUGUACUUUUUAAAGAAAGAAAUUCAAUUAGCAUUUAUUUUUGUGUGUUAUACUUCCCAAAAGUUAUUAUUCUGGCAUGUAGUCUAUAAAUUUAGCAUGGGUCACAUAUUUUUUUUAUGUCCCAUGCUACCCAUUUUGUUUACCUAGAAAUAUGACAGUUUCAGUUUCUCGAUUCAUUUGCAACAAGUGUGAACUUACUGAAUUUAACUUUUAUCGAUAGUAAGCCUCCUAUGCCAGCAUAUAGUUAUCAUAGUUCAUUGAAAUGUUUUUACCAAUGGAUAACAGGUAUCCUUCCAUUUGGGGGCAAUACCCCCAGAGCUGCACGUGACAGUGCCCUACCCUCGAGUCUUCCUCCGACCCAGUGGAAACGCACCAUUUUAGAGGAUGAAUGGCACUGCUAUUUCUCUUCAGAGAAGCAGUAUAAGGUCAAGAAAUGUAACUGCCUGCGGAGAGCAAUGCUCUGUGACACCUCUAGUAAUAGGGAGAAAAUGUACAGUCAUGGGGUGGAAACAGGAAAGGGUCUAUGAUUUAUGGGAUCGCCAUGGGCCCUCAAUUGUACUUUAAUGACAAGUGGCAGCCUCUGAAGUCAUUUGUGAGCUUGUAUGACUUUUGUAUUUAGCAAUGUUGCAUGCUCACAUGAUUGAUAUUAAAAGU